UGUCAGUCAGGUUCGGGCGUGUUUCACCAGCAGGCGGGACCGGGCCAGGCUCACGUCUUUCUCUCAUUUUUCGGUGGACUAAUGUUUCAUACACAGUAGAUAUGGAUUUUGACGCGUUAUUCAACGAGAAGACGUUUCAGAUUUCAGACUUCCAGGAGUUCACGUUUCUCCCGGGACACCAGAGAUGGACAGAGCGAGUGAGGAAGAGACUGUACUACGGCCUGGACAAGGAUGUUUCCCUGGAUGCCCUCUCCUGCCCCGUUACAGAUAUUGCCGUUGAAAUCUUCCAGAAGUCUGCCCCAAGCCCAAUAAGAAAGCUACACAAGAAAUAUGCUGCUCAUGUUGCCAGGGAGGCUUGCAUCUCUCCAUGUGCCAUGAUGCUGGCCUUAGUUUACAUAGAAAGACUCCGACAUAGAAACCCUGAAUACCUGCAAAAGAUCUCCUCUUCUGACCUUUUCCUGAUCUCAAUGAUGGUUGCCAGCAAGUAUCUGUAUGACGAAGGAGAGGAAGAAGAGGUUUUCAAUGAUGAAUGGGGAGCAGCUGGGAAACUGAACGUCCAAACUGUCAAUAACCUGGAGAUGAAUUUCUUGAACGCCAUUGACUGGAGCCUCUUCUCAGACCAAAGUGACUUCUUUGACAUACUAAGUCAGCUGGAAACAAGCAUUGCGGAACGGCAGGGAAUGAAACGGGGCUGGUUCACCUACACCGACCUGUGUGUGCUGAUGGAGCACUCUGCAUGGAGUCACGCCCUUACAGCCAUUUAUCAACAAUUUACAAAGGUGUCCUGUAUGCUUGGCCUGGUCUACCUGACCAGUGUGGCUGGCCUUAUUGCUACCAGCGCUGUGCUGCACCAGCUCAGCCUUCCCAGAAGUGGCCAGACCCUGUUCCCCGUGUCAGAUGAGAUCAGUUUUGCCCAUCACCAGACUUCCAACCUAAGUCCAGAAGCUCCUGCUCCUGCUCCAGCCCAAGACCUCUCUUGUUGUGUUCUAACCAACAGCAGUCUGAACGGUCAAACUGAUGCUCUGGAAGUCGGCCAACACGAUAGACCGAGCCCUCUAUCCGAGUAUGCACAGACGUCUGUUUUGUGUCUCUGGAGUUCCUUGCUUGGCUCGAUUGGUCAUAUAGAUCAACAAAAGAAUCCUGAAAAGGAACUGUCCCACUCCUGGUCUUCCGCCUACUUCAUCUGUCCUGGUUGUCUUCCAACACUCCCUCGUCUGCAGUGUGGGAUUCGAAAUAUCUCGGCGCUCCUGAAACCUGGUGCCAUUGAAAACCAUCGGCAAGCGUCAUGGCUGUCUUCCGACCUCCUGGGAGCUAGAGAAUCGAGCCUGAACUCUGAGUUGGGGGUGUUUCCUCGUGUGCAGCUUCACCCCUGCUUCCCGGAGUGUGUGUCGUCUGUUGACAAAGUCCAAGCUCUGCUCAUGCCUGGCUAGGAACAACGCACCAUGUCAACCUAAAGAGUUUGAUUCUUGAAGCAGAACCAGCAUUGUUUUCACGACUCAUUUGCUCCAAGUUAUGUUUUUGUCUAUUUUUGCAAAGUAGAAUGCAGGGGUGUAGGCGUUUUGCAGAGCAGUGUGAGGGCGGAUGCAGCAAACGGGUGACAAUUCAUGAAUAAAUAAUUGUUGCAAAAUGGGUCCAGUGCAACAGAAUGAGAUUUUUUUAUUACACCUACCACAAAUAUGGACACCAUUUAAUACUUUCAUUUAGCAGCAACAAAGCAAUUUUGCUACUUAUACUUGUCAAAGUUCAAAUCUGAGAUGGAGAUUGAGAGCUUUGUAAUGAAUAUGUAUCAAGUUUUUAUUUUGCCGCCAUAAUAUGAGUUGUUGUCAGGUUGGUGAAUGUGUUUGGGGGUUACACAGCAUAUCUGGGGUGAUUGCUUCACAGUAAGUUGCUUGAAAAUGAUCUGACUUUACAUGAAGGAGGUUCUAAACCAGUUUUUCUGGUUGACUAUGUUUUUGCUUCCCCGUAUCUGUUAGCGUAUGUUAUGUACACAGUUGAGGGUUUACAUCAGACUUUGGUCAAACAUGUGGAAAGUACUGAUUUUUUUUUUUUUUUUUUUUUUUUGCACAGUUGAUGGGUAAUAUGGUUUAUGGUUGUUCUUUUCUUUCCUCAAAACACCUGUUUUGAAAAAGGUUCCCUUUGUGCAGGAGAAGAUUGAAGAAACAUGAAGUAGGCACUUUACUGAUAGCUGUCUCUCAUGGUGUACUAGGCAUGUUUGAAAGGUCGUUUUUGUUCGUUUGUUUGUUAUGGCUCUAAGCAGUUUCUGACUUCUUUUGGUAUGGCAUGUUAAAAGCUAACAGCAGUUUUUUGUUGACGUGAUCUGGAAUUUGCAUACUUGGCUCAGCUUUCAUUGCAGUGCACAAUUUCACUUUAUUAUCAUAGUUUGGACUCCAUCUUUUUGAAACACCACAAAAGAAAAAAGUACAACAUUUUUAUGUGCCCAGUUACACAUGGACAUUUAUUUUGUUAUUAAACCUUUUACAAAUGGCUCUGAAUAUUUGAAUUUGAUACACUUUGGAGCAUAAAGUCCUUUAAUUUUGUAUAUGAUGCAAAUAUGCCUGAAUAUGUAGGGCGGGGGGGAAACCAAAUAAAACUGCUUUUCUU